AAGGGCUUACAAGUUAACAAAUGAGACAAAACAGAAAUUUUUCUAUCAAGCUUUUAUGGCUAAUAAAUAUUUUCUUAAGGUUGCAAGGACCACACAAGCUGGUUUCAUUGGAUUCUAACCAUAUCCAUUCUUCCAAAUCCCAUCCAAGUUUCCAUCACUUAACCGACAGAGUCAAUGAACUCAAUGAUACACAAGUUUUGCUUCAGCACUCAACCUAGAUCAGAAUCUAGAGUUGAGGAUAGUAACUACUAACCAGUGUCUAGUUAAUCUCUCUCUCUUGAUUGGAUAUAACUUAAUCAAGCUAUUGUAUUUAUUGAAUUCUUCUUCCUGCAAUGCCAGGAACCAUCAUGGUUUCAGUACUGGAAUUCAUGGAUCUUCCAUUAUCUUCAUCAACAUUCAUAAGGGCUUCCUUGGGGAAAAUAGAGUACCAAGUGAAUGACAAGGGAAACUUAUCCUUCCCCUUAACUAGCCUCCGCGAUGAUUUGAUCUUCCAAAUUCUUGAUUCUGAGGGGAAUGAAAUAUCACAUACAGGUGUUCAAAUAAAAUUGAUAUUGGAGAAAGGUGUUUUGGAAGACAACUUUCCCCUUGGAGGUGGCCAUCUGCGUUUGAAGUUGCAAUUCAUCCUUAGUGAUGAAGAGCGCGACAGAAUUCGUUCAUUGAGACAAUCUGCAUUAAAGAAAAAACAUGAUGAGCUUCUUAGUUCCAGUAGAAGAGGUGAAGAAAGCGAUAGUAGAACCGUGAUUGGAAAUGCUGCAUUGCCCUUCCGCAGAAAUGAUGAGGUCUCAGAAUCACCAAAGAUACAACAUCAACACGAAGCAGAUCCCCAAUCGCGAGGUCCUGCUGGUUCCGGAGACGGCAAAGAAUCUGAAACUAGAAGUGUAGUUGGAGCUCAGCUUGAGCAGAAAAAGCAGCUAACCACAAACAUUGCAGAUCAAUAUAGGGAGUCCUCAUACACAAAACCUGUGUCACAAAAUGUUACUCUCACUCAAUUACAGCAAAAGGGUAAGAAGCCUGCUUAUCAGUCAUCAUCUCCAGAUCGAUCACCAUCUGAGAAACAUCCUCAGAGAGGUAUUGGUUCGGAAGAAAUUGCAGUUUUGUUUGGCUCAGAAAAAAAAGAUGCCCUGACAAGUAAUCUGACACAACCUAAAAUAGAGGAAAGUGAUCUUCAGUAUUCUAAGAAGAGGACCUCACUGGGGAGAAUUCCAAGUAAUGUGAAGAAAAUGAUAAGUGCCUUUGAAGGUGGAUUGGAUCAGGAUAAGAGACCUCAGAUUAAACCACCUCCAACAAAACAACAAGAAAGUUCAAUUGAAAGAAGAGAUUCUUCCAAGACUCAGCAUUUGGAGCAAGAUAAGUCAAAGAACAUAGACCCAGCAGACUUGCAAGAAAGGGUGAAAAGUGCCUCCCUGAAUGAAGCAAAUGAUGGAACUGGAACUGAGGAGAGCGAGUAUGAAAAGAUACAGGAAACUAAAGAAUCAAAGCCCAAGACUUCUGAUAAUAAUGGAGAUGAAAAUUCUGGAGGACCAUUUAAUCAGGUUAUAAUCUGUCAAACUAAAAGAGAAGAACAGAACAUAAGAACAUGAGAAACGAUAGCAACAUAAGAGCACACAACAGAAAUUGGUGGAACCGGAAGUGUAUUUUCAUUCUCUUGUUUUCAGCUUACAUAGAGUGACUUGCAUUUGGUGAAAAUACAAAGUCACAAGCAAAAAGUACAGCUACUGCUGACAUAGCUUACCCACUUCCAUAAAACAUGGUUUUUCACCCAAUUCCAACCACUACAAGAUGACUAAACUGACAUAUAUCAGAAACAUGACAGCAACAUAUUUUAUAUCUAUAAUAACAAGAAAAGUGUCAAUUCUAACAUAAUCUACUUUAAAUUCUGAGAAUCACUAUUUUCAUAUUUGCAUCACUGCCCCAGAGUAAGCAAUGAGUUUCUACCAAAAAAUGUUGCAUUUAUCUAUCUUGUCUAACAACGUUGGUGUUCAGUCUUAAAUAUAAAUUAGAACUGGUUGCUAUAUCUCCUCUAUUGUACAAUAUGCUUGCCGCUAUUGUUAUAUAAUAUGCUUAAAUGUCCUUUUCUACAUCUUCACC